GUAUGUUUUGAUUUAAUUUUAAAACGUGUUUAUCCCUUGACAUUUGCCUUCAGAUACAUUAACCUGUGUAUAUGUUUAUUUUUACUUUGUGUAUUGUUGUUAAUGAUUGAAAACAAGUUUCCGAAUUUUCCGAAAGCACUUGAAGGCAGCAUACUGAACUUUAUUGAACACAUGAAGGCAACGUCCGUUAGCUAGCAGUAGCAGGCUAGUUUAGCAUUCUGCUAGCCUCGGUGAUCAGCGAGUCCUAGCUAUGCAACUACUAACAACUUAGUUGGUUUAACUAACGUGUCCUAUACAUGGGCAAAAAAGAGUACCCAUGACUUAACAAAGGAUAGGCCAACAUAAUACAACAACAAAUGGAGGAGUAUGUUUUAUCUGCGGGCCGGGCCGUGCUGGACAUGGUGGAGCGGGAGUGGCAGCCCCUGUCCCCGGGCGAGCUGGAGCAGCGGCUGGACCAGGCGGUGGAGGGGGUCCUGGAAGCUGAGAUGAUGGCGACACUUAAAACUCAGUCUCCUACUGCUUUAUACGUACAUUCAUUGCAGAGUCAAACUAAUGUGCAGCCCGAAGAUUUGCAGACGACAACAUUGUGCAGCAGUCCCGCGGAGGAAGAGUACCCGGAGGAAGCUUUGGAGGCUUCAGACGGUGCUGCAGUCCAGUACAUCACAGACCUGCUUCAGAGCUCCAAAUCCAGGGCUCGAAUGGCAGGACGGGCUCGCUUGUCCCUGUCCAACACUGUCCAGCUGUCCCUCACUCUGCUCUCUGAGCGAGUCAGCUACCGCUCUGUGUCCCGCCUCUUCCACCUGGAGAAAGGAAACAUCCACAGGACCUUCUUUUCUUUCUGUGAGCGCAUCAACACACUGGAAGAGAGGCAAAUCAGAUGGCCAGUCGGCAUAGAAGCUGUAGAAGCCCUUUUCCCACUUUGCAUACAAGAGAUAGAGCAGCAGCAAAGUCUCCCUCAGGUCCUGGGAGUGUUGGGACACACCCGCAUCCCCAUCCGCCUGCCUAUAGGGAAACACGAUGUGGAGAGCACAAUGCCUGAGGUGAAGAGGAUGAAGGAGGAGGCUCAUCCCGACUCCUGGCUCAACCUUCAAUUCGUAUGUGACCGUAAGGGCCGGUUCCUACACUGCACAAUCAGUAAAGGGUCGAACAUGGACAUGGGCAACGCUCUGAAAGACAAACUCAAACAGCAUCCUGAUCUGAUGCCCCCUGGCUCCUGCCUCUUGGCCAGAGCUGGCUAUCCGCUCACAGCUCAGAUUUUAACUCCAUAUUUAGGGAAUCAGGGACCCAGAGAGGAGCUCUUUGACAAGAAUCUGGAGGAGCAUUUUCACAUCCUAGACCAAGCUGUUGCCAACCUGAAAGCCAGAUUUCAAAGGCUCAAGUAUCUGGAUAUAGGAAACUAUGAUCGAGCGAGAGCUGUCGUGCUAACAGCUUGUGUCUUGCACAAUGUAUUUUUGGACAUGGGACAAGUGAUUCAAGGAGACGUUGAGAAAGAGGAAGACACAACCCCAGAGGAAGAUGGGGAGGUAGAUGAAGAAGGUGCACAAAGACGUGACACCAUCUCAGAUUUGUUGUUUAAAAACGUUGGUUCUGUAAACACAUGUGAUGAUAUCUAGGGGAAGACUUUCAGAAUGUUUAUGCUGCACGGAUGUCACAUAAAUGUAUAAAUAGUAAAACGACCUUAAAGACAUCAAAACGGAAUGAAAAUGUAAUCUCACAACAACAAAAAAGGACUUAUACCAGACAAAAAAAACUGAGUGUCAAAUUUUUUUUCUUCUAAGGAACCAAGGGAUAAAUCCUUAAACAAUGAUGAACAAAACACAUCAGAAACCUAUUGGAAUAUAUUUUUGUUUUACAAAAUGUUUGCUUUGCCUUAGAGCAGAUCUUGUCUGCAAUGAGACUGAGGGCCACAGCUCCCUUCGACACAGUUUACAUUUAACUUUACACAGCUCUUCUUCAUAUCAGACCCUCCUGCUUUAAAGUUGAUCAGAAAUGCCACAGUGUGUUUCUCACUUUGACCACUAGUUGGCAAACAAGUUCAACAAUCCACUUUCUACUUGAUCAGGCUCAUAGCCAAGACAGACAAAACAUUUGCAAAGGCAGUAUUUAUGGCAGGACUCUUUAUUAGAAUACUCUACAUUCUUAAUGUGUUCACACUGGCUGAUAAAGUGUAUCCUAUAAAUACAAUAACAGUACAAGCAUGUCUAUGAAUACUAUAGUUGUUAUCGUUACCUCUAUUAGGAAAGAUGAUCAGUUUAACUAACUAUGGUUCCAGAGUCAAAUGUGAGUAUGAAGAGGUCUUAUUUUGACUUCCCUUGAACAAUAAUCAUAAUCCUGCUGUGAUUAUUUCCACUUCAGUUUGUUCAUUAGCACCAUGUAUUAAAGCAGACUAAAAAUGUU